GGAUAAGAUUUAAAGUUAGAAAAGACAUGUUUGUGCUGAAUUUUCUCUCUCUCUCUCUCUCUCUCUCUCUCUCUCUCUCUCUCUCUCUCUGUGAUACCUUUGUCCCUUUUAAUUUAAUUCCAUUCAUGGCUUGCUGUGAUUUGCUCCAUGUUUGGCCACUAAACAGGUCAACAGAUAAAAGAGUCUAAUGGGUUUUCCUUUUGCAGGAUUUUGCCAAUUUUCCGUCACUGGUUUCUCUGUCAAUUGAGACUGAAAGGAUCUAUUUCAGUGGGCUGAAGAUGUAUUUGGUGGUGAGUAAAGGAGGUGCCAUAGGAUGCAUGUUGCUUUCUCUCUUCUUCCUAGGCACUUGGCCUGCUAUUAUGACUCUCUUAGAGAGAAGAGGUCGGCUUCCUCAGCAUACUUACUUGGAUUACUCCAUCACAAAUCUCUUAGCUGCUGUCAUCAUAGCUUUCACCUUUGGUCAGAUUGGACCCAGCACACCAAGCAUGCCGAAUUUCAUAACUCAGCUUUCUCAGGUGGGAUAGUUCUCAGCCUUGGGAACCUUUCUACACAGUAUGCUUGGGCUCUUGUUGGUCUGUCAGUGACAGAGGUAAUUGCGUCAAGCAUAACUGUUGUGAUAGAAUCAUCUGUCCUUAUCAUGGUUAUGACAGGCACAACUUUAAAUUACUUGUUAGACAACCGAAUCAAUAAUGCUGCAGUUCUUUUUCCGGGGGUUGGAUGCUUCCUCAUCGCAGUUCUCCUGGCAUCUGCAGUUCACUCAUCCAAUGCGUCCGAUAAUAGAGCAAAGCUUUGUAAAAUUUCAGAAUACAAGGAUGAAACAGUAGCCAUAGAAGUUUCAGAGUCACAAGAAUCUGUCAAGAAAAUAGGGGACUUGGAGGAUGGAGGUGUUCGUGUAGAUAAGGCUAAAGCUGGGACUGCAAACUUUCUCAUAGAGCUUGAAAACAGAAGAUCAAUCAAGGUUUUUGGAAAGAGUACCAUGAUUGGUUUGUGCCUACCAUUCUUUAGUGGGGUUUGCUUCUCCCUCUUCUCACCAGCAUUCAAUUUGGCAACAAACGACCAGUGGCAUACAUUGAAAGCAGGGGUUCCUCAUUUGGUUGUAUACACUGCUUUUUUCUACUUCUCAAUCUCUUGCUUCAUCAUUGCCAUCAUUCUAAAUGUCAGCUUCCUGUACCAUCCGGUACUCAAUCUACCCAGAACUUCGUUUAAGGCUUAUCUAAAUGAUUGGAAAGGUAGACAAUGGGCCCUCUUGGCUGGACUUUUAUGUGGGUUUGGGAAUGGUUUACAAUUUAUGGGAGGUCAAGCUGCAGGAUAUGCCGCAGCUGAUGCUGUGCAGGCACUUCCUCUUGUGAGCACCUUUUGGGGUAUACUUUUGUUUGGAGAAUACCGGAUGUCAUCUAGAAAAACAUACAUAUUUCUGGUAAGCAUGAUAGUCAUGUUUAUCGUGGCUGUAGGUGUGCUCAUGGCAUCAUCUGGGACGCGGACGAAUUGAAACUGUGAGCCCUAGAAUCCUAGUACUAUACCAUGUCAAUGUAUAGAAAUCAUGCAUCAUAGAAAUACAAAGUGCUGCAGUGAAUGGCUGCUUCAGAUCAAGAAGAAAAGAAAAUUGUUCAUGAAGGUUUACAGAAGGAAAGUUGUAAUGUCAAAUCCGAUUAAUGUUCCAUUCUAAGCAGAAAUGUAUUUACACUACAUUAAAUGAAUUAUUAACUAUUUGUUUUCCUUCA